UGUCCUAGGUACUGUGGUGAUCAUGACUACCAUCCUCUGCUCUGUCUUAGGUACUGUGGUGAUCAUGACUACCAUCCUCUGCUCUGUCCUAGGUACUGUGGUGAUCAUGACUACCAUCCUCUGCUCUGUCCUAGGUACUGUGAUGAUCAUGACUACCAUCCUCUGUCCUAGGUACUGUGGUGAUCAUGACUACCAUCCUCUGCUCUGUCCUAGGUACUGUGGUGAUCAUGACUACCAUCCUCUGUCCUAGGUACUGUGGUGAUCAUGACUACCAUCCUCUGCUCUGUCUUAGGUACUGUGGUGAUCAUGACUACCAUCCUCUGCUCUGUCCUAGGUACUGUGGUGAUCAUGACUACCAUCCUCUGCUCUGUCCUAGGUACUGUGGUGAUCAUGACUACCAUCCUCUGCUCUGUCCUAGGUACUGUGGUGAUCAUGACUACCAUCCUCUGCUCUGUCCUAGGUACUGUGGUGAUCAUGACUACCAUCCUCUGCUCUGUCCUAGGUACUGUGGUGAUCAUGACUACCAUCCUCUGCUCUGUCCUAGGUACUGUGGUGAUCAUGACUACCAUCCUCUGCUCUGUCCUAGGUACUGUGGUGAUCAUGACUACCAUCCUCUGCUCUGUCCUAGGUACUUUGAUGAUCAUGACUACCAUCCUCUGCUCUGUCCUAGGUACUGUGGUGAUCAUGACUACCAUCCUCUGUCCUAGGUACUGUGGUGAUCAUGACUACCAUCCUCUGCUCUGUCCUAGGUACUGUGGUGAUCAUGACUACCAUCCUCUGCUCUGUCCUAGGUACUGUGGUGAUCAUGACUACCAUCCUCUGCUCUGUCCUAGGUACUGUGGUGAUCAUGACUACCAUCCUCUGCUCUGUCCUAGGUACUGUGGUGAUCAUGACUACCAUCCUCUGCUCUGUCCUAGGUACUGUGGUGAUCAUGACUACCAUCCUCUGUCCUAGGUACUGUGGUGAUCAUGACUACCAUCCUCUGCUCUGUCCUAGGUACUGUGGUGAUCAUGACUACCAUCCUCUGUCCUAGGUACUGUGGUGAUCAUGACUACCAUCCUCUGCUCUGUCCUAGGUACUGUGGUGAUCAUGACUACCAUCCUCUGUCCUAGGUAC